CACGACUGGUGCGUGCCCCCGUGGCGGGAUGUGAGCGCGCCAUGACGUACGGCUUCCCUUCCCAUCCCUAGCUCUUUACCGUCAUGGCGCAGGCGAGGGGGCACUACGGACGACGAGACAAGCAAACUGGACUAAGUUAAAAGAAGAAAAAGUGAGAAUUUGUAGUCGUCUUGAGGAGUAGCCUACUGUUGAUCGGACAUAGGUUGACGUUUAUUUUCAUCGAUAUUUGGGUUGUGGCUGAGCUGCCAGAAUGAUGUCGGACGCCAGUGAGAUGUUGGCGGCGGCGCUGGAGCAGAUGGAUGGCAUCAUCGCGGGCUCCAAGGCUCUGGACUACUCCAACGGCAUGUUUGACUGCCAGUCGCCGACGUCACCGUUCAUGGGCGGGCUGCGGGCGCUGCACCUGCUGGAGGACCUGCGCGGCGUGCUGGAGAUGAUGGACGGCGAUGAGAGGGAGGGCCUCCGCUGCCAGAUCCCCGACUCCACCGCCGACAGCCUGGUGGAGUGGCUGCACGGGCCCUUGUCAAAUGGCCACAUCCCUAUGAGCACCGACCUUUAUCAGGACAGACUCGCUCGGUUUGAAAGUGAUAAGGAGUCCCUAGUGCUUCAGGUGAGUGUGCUGACAGACCAGGUGGAAGCACAAGGGGAAAAGAUUAGGGACCUCGACCUGUGCCUUGAUGAACACCGGGAAAAGCUAAACACCACAGAGGAGAUGCUUCAACAGGAGCUGCUGUGCCGCUCGGCUCUGGAGACGCAGAAGCUGGACCUGAUGACCGAGAUCUCCACCCUGAAACUCAAGCUGGGUGCCAUGGAGAAGGACCGGCUGGACUUCGACGAACAGUUCCGAGACGGCGAGACUUUAAUCCUGGAGAUCAAUGAGCUGAGGUACAGGGUGUCCGAGAUGGAGAGCGAGAGGCUACAGUAUGAGAAGAAACUAAAAUCUACCAAGUCGCUAAUGGCCAAGCUCUCUAGCCUGAAAAUCAAAAUGGGCCAGAUGCAGUAUGAGAAACAGAGGAAGGAGCACAAAAUCCAGGCACUGAAGGAGGAGCUGAUGAUGCUGCAUCAGCAGCUGGACGGGAGAGACGGGGAGCUGAGGAGGCUGCAGGAUGAGACGGGCUACCGCUCGGUCACGCCCGCAGGAGCCGACGGCGGAGAGAGAGUCUCCCUCACAGAGGAAACUUAUAAAAAGAGGCUGAAAGAGAAACAUGUGGAGGUGCAGAGAAUGAAGAAAGCGAUGGAAUCGUUAAUGGCUGCUAAUGAGGAGAAGGACCGCAAGAUUGAGGAGCUUCGGCAGUCGGUAGCUCGGUACAAGAAGGUCCAGGAGAUGGUGAUGCAAGUUCAAGGGAAAAAAGAUAAAGUGAAAGAUGGAGAAAGUGAUGGGAGUCAUAGCGACAGCUCUGGCUCGGUGUCAACGGCCCUCUCGGUCGCCAUGGAAGUGGAGAAACUGGCGCUGGCCGGCCUGGACGAAGCAGCAGGGCGGGACCAGGACGAGGAGCCGUCCCCCACCCCCACCCCCCCUGCCAGGCCAGAGCCCACCCAGAGCCUGGAGCAGGAGCCUGCGCUGCCAGACAGUACCCCAGAGCCACCCACAUCUGGCAGUCAAGACCACCUGGACAUCAGCAGCAGUGAAAAGAGGCCGCUGGCGGUUCAGGACAGGCCAUCGGAGAGCAAAGCCCAGGAGGAGAUGAACAAAAUCACCUGCUUGCCCCCCAAGUCGCCCCCUACUGCCCGCGCCACAGUCGAGGAGGACAGCAGCUUCGGCACCAAGAAGGCGCGAUCCUCCUUCGGCCGAGGCUUCUUCAAGAUCAAAGGGGGCAAGAGGACAGCCAGUGCCCCCAACCUGGCGGAGACGGAGCAAGAGGGAACAGACCACCUAGACCUGGCUGGGAUGCCACAGCGGUCGGCAGACAGUGACAGCACACACACACUCCCCACUUCACCGGAAGGCAAGAAGAAGUCAAAGGGAAUCAAAGCUUUGUUUGGAAAGCUGCGGAGGAGUCAGUCGACCUCCUUUAACCUGGAUGACAACCUACCGGAGGGCGACUUUAAGAGGGGAGGUGUACGGGCCACAGCGGGACCCCGACUGGGCUGGUCACGGGACCUGCAGAACAGGAGUGAGCUGGACGCACCCUUUGCACGUUGGAGUCGGGAGCAGGUGUGUGAGUGGCUGCAGGAUCAGGGCCUGGGCCUGUAUGUGAGUCUGGCUCGCCAGUGGAUCUCAUCUGGCCAGACACUACUGCAGGCCUCGCAGCAUGACCUGGAGCGGGAGCUGGGCAUUAAGCACCCUCUGCACCGGAAGAAGCUGCAGCUGGCCCUCCAGGCCCUGGGCUCAGAGGAGGAGGACGGCAAGGGCAAACUGGACUACCACUGGGUCACCAGGUGGCUGGAUGACAUUGGCCUGCCCCAGUAUAAGACGCAGUUUGAUGAAGCCAGGGUGGAUGGGCGGAUGCUACACUACAUGACUGUGGAUGACUUGCUGUCUCUGAAAGUGGGCAGCGUGCUGCACCACUUGAGCAUCAAGAGAGCCAUCCAGGUGCUGCGCCUCAACAACUACGAGCCCAACUGCCUGCGCCGCCGACCCUCCGACGAGAGCAACAUCAGUCCUGCAGAGAUCUCCCAGUGGACCAACCACCGCGUGAUGGAGUGGCUGCGCUCCGUGGACCUGGCUGAGUACGCACCCAACCUCAGGGGCAGCGGAGUCCAUGGAGGACUCAUGGUCCUGGAGCCACGCUUUAAUGUGGAGACCAUGGCCCUGCUGCUGAAUCCCCCCAACAAGACGCUGCUGCGUCGACACCUGGGCACCCACUUCACCCUGCUGGUGGGCCAAGAGGCCCAGCAGUCCAAGCAGGAGUGCGUGGAGCACCCCGACUACACGCUCCUCACAGCCACCGCCAAGGUCAAGCCCAGGAAACUGGGCUUCGGCACCCUGACGAGGAAGAAGAAGCAGGAGGAUCGGGAAGAGUAUGUGUGCCCCAUGGAUGUAGAGAUGCCGAAGGGACGCAGCUUCCAGAAGGGCUACCGGGGCAUGGAGCUGCAGAUCUACGAGGAUGACCUGGACCGGCUAGAACAGAUGGAGGACUCCGAGGGCACAGUGAGGCAGAUUGGAGCCUUCUCAGAGGGAAUCAAUAACCUGACGAGCAUGUUGAAAGACGAUGAGCUGUUUAAGGAGAUCUCCAGUUCGCCCAAUCCCAGCGUGACGGAUGACGACUCUAAUGUUUGACACUAAUGUGUGAGGGGCCUUGCCAAGGUGCCCACUCCUCUAGAUGCUGCUGGGAUGACUGCCAAACCUGUGCCAACCUGCACCCCUCCUCCCUGUCCCCCUGGGGCAGUGCCAGUCUGCAUGCCCGCUCCACCCUCAGAAUCCUCCUGACAGACAGCUCGUAGUCUCGGUGCCAACGCCACCUCAGCUAUUCUAAGGCCAUGACCUUAACGUUAGUAUUAAUAUUACAAAACAGCAUCGCUCCCUAUUCCCAAUGUCAACUUGGAGCAGACAGGUUGCCUCACAAGCAGGACAGUGUCACCCCGUUGUAAUGAUAUGCAUUUCAGCUGUCUAUGUGUAUUUAGCAGUACAGGUUGGAAAACAUUUGAUUCGAUCUGAAGUGUAAAAAAUUAGUGAGCUAAUUGCAUUUUCACCUACCUACCAGCUGGUUCCUGGAAAUAUUUUUUAUUAUGGCUUAUUUUUUAAUUCAAACAUCUAGAGCGCCCUUUUUAUAACCCAACGGCACAAUGACACUUUUCCUAUCUGACACAGAUAUUGGUGGAGUUCAAACUAGGUUUUAUAAAGGAGUGUCAGAAUAAAGAAUUAAACCGUUUUUGAGGUUAUUGUGCUACUGAAAAUUGCAUCUUUGCGAGUCUAAUGCCAAAAUAUUGUAAUGCAUCUGCCUGGCACAGGGAAUAUUGCUGUACUUUCCACAGGCUGGUGGCAUACAUUUGCAUGCAUUCUCACUCGUGUAUUAACAUGUAACUCAUCACAGUCAAUCCCGUUUCCUGGUUGUAAAGUAUCAUUGCAUGUUAUUUCUGUCCUGUUUGCCAAAAUAUGGAGCAUGUCCUAACACAAAGAAAUAAUAAUUUCUAUAUCUGUAAUAACAGAACUGUGUUAUUGAAUUAUGUUGACUGUUACUAUGUGAAAAUAUACAGCGAGGCUGUGUUGGCAUGUUCUCAGAUCCAAACCAUCUGAUACUGGUCUUAGGCAGCCCUAGCCACAUAAAGAAGAAAAUGUGUACUGUGUCCACUUUUAUCCCUUUUUAUCAGGUCAUUAAAGUUAUUGAAUAAAAUAA